AUGUUCAAUUCAUCUGUGGGAUUGUUACGAUUUGCUCAAGAUGCUUGCGUGUUGUCAAGAGAAAACAUAUUUAAAUCCACGGUUGACAUUUCUAAAGGAGUGGGUAAUAGGACACCUAGUGGUGAAUGUAUAAAUUUCAAAAGACUUUAUCAAUUAUUCGAUGAUAAAAAAAAUGAAGAUGAUAAAAAAAAACUUAGUUUGAUAUAUGACAUCAUGAAGUUGGUACAAGAAAGAGAACUUAAAAGGAGAAAAGAUCAAAGCAUCAAGGUUGGGCCUUCAGAACAAGAGAUUGUUUUUAAGAAUAAAGAUGGAAUUUAUGAUAAUAUUAUUACGGAAUAUAAAACUUGGUUUUUUCAUGAACAAAUUAAAACUAAAGAAUAUUAUUCAAGGUUUUUUGAACUUAUUAAAGAAAAGAAAAAUGAAGAUAACUAUUCAAAACUUUGCAAGGUAAAUGAUUUCGAGACAAUGGUCAAUGAAAGAGAACUUAAAAGGUUAGAUAUUGCAAAAAAAUGUUUAAAUAACAUUAACAAUUUUAAAAAAAUUAAAAAGUUUGGCAUUUAG